UGAGCCUAUUCCUUUAAAAAUUUUUCCUGAGUCUAAUGACUCAAAUAAUCAAACUUUAGUUAUUGAAACUAAUGAAUAUAAUGAAAAUAAAUAUAAAUCAUCUGAUAAUAAACUAGAGAAAUCUAAAGGAUUUUUAGUUAUAGGAAAUUCUGAUGAAAAACCUAUACUUGAAAUUAAUGAUACCUAA